UGGGUCAGCCUUUCAUGGUAUACUGUUUUAAAAUUGUGUAUAAUUAUGCUUUUUUUCAGAUGUAAAAUACUAAAUGUUUUGAUAAAUGGAUGUUGUGCCUAUUAAUAAUCAGGUUGUGCAUUUAGCAUCUGCAAUAUCAGAAGCAGACAAUGAAAGUAUUCCUGUGCUGCUACUUAAAACUCAAGACAUAAUCCUACUUGAGAAGAAUGAUUCCAAACGGUAUUUAGCAUUAAUAUCUGAACUUUGGAAGUAUGAAUUUCCUGGGAUGAUUGUGACAGCCUUAAAACAGGACUUCAAUCGAAUUUCUGGAUCAUGGCUUACCGCAUGCCAGUUAUCAUCCAUCGCAGUCGAGUGUUGUAUCGGAGCAACGUCAGAUUUAGAAAAUUUGAAAAAGCAAUUCCUUCCAAAUCUUACGUACACAAUGUUGCAAGUAAUGAGUAAAAUUGUAAAUGAAUAUAAUAAAGCUGAAAAGCUGUUUAAAGCCAAUGCCUUGGAUAAUUUAACACUAAUGGCAACAUCUUUAAAGAAAGUAAUGGAACACUACGUAUUCACUACAAUUACAGUCCUGUCCUCAAAACAUUUUAUGCAACUACUAAUGACUGAAGAUGAAAAACUUGCACUGUUUUGUUUGGCUUUGUUGAAGAACAUUCUUGUCAUCAACAGGAAUGUUUUGGAUCAUGUUGUCGAAAGUCGUUCGCACAGUACUGUGGAUGAGUUGGCUUACAAAAUAUCAUCCACAGAAUCUCCGCAGUUAGCUCAAGUAUCUGUGUCAUUACUUCUAACAGUUAUGGAUGUACACCCUCCGUUGUUGGAGUUGCUUUCUUCAAAACGUUACCGUGGUUUCAAGAUUUAUUUAAACAAAUGGAAAAAUCAAGGCUUCGACUUUGAUCUAAAUCGCCUUGUGAAAAUUUUGGAUUCACAAUCUGAAUAUCAAGUAGCUUCCACUAAAUUCAACAAUGCCGCCAUUAUGAUUCAGUCUGUUUAUCGUGGGUAUCUUCUUCGCGAACGCUUGAAGCGAGCUGCAGCCGCAAUAUCAUCAUUUCAAAGGCACUACCGUCUAAAGAAGAAGAAGCAGGCGAGAUUAAAAGAAAAACAACAGUUGGAAAAACUGAAGCAUGAUUAUGCGGAGUCUAAUCGCAGAAAGGAAUUUGUUGGUUCAAGAACGAAACAGUUAAAAAUAAUUGAGAAUAUUCCUGCUAAAACUGUUACCAAAUUUUUUAACGAACUUGAGGAAAGAUCGGCUACAAAAUUACAAGCAGCAUGGAGAGGUUACCGUGCACGAAUGUUGGUGAAGACACAUAAACCUGAAUUAAAAAGAUUUAAAGCUGCUGCAGUGAUACAGAGACAGGUACGCAAAUGGUUGGGAUAUCGAAGAAAACAGAAAGACGCAUUGGUAGAUCUUAUACCGUCUGGUUUAACAGACGAGCGGAAAGUGCAAUUGCAAAGUGUCAUCUCUAACAUUCGAGAAAGAUUUCCUACAACAGCACGUAGUGAUAAAGACUUGAAUGAACUUCAUGAGAAAGCGUUUGGAAUGUUAAAUGCACAUGUGAUGACUUUAAGAAAAAAUCGACGUCACGACGAACACAAAAAAGCAUUGCUGGCACAACUAUCUAUCCAAACACGUCAGAUGUCUAUUUUACCAUCACUAAACAACGUCGAGUCGAUUAAUUUAGAACAGUAUGUUUCCCAUUCUACGCCCAUAAUGGUAGCUGCGCGGGAAAAACAUUUAGAUACGAUGAACGAAUUGCAAAAGCCCUGGUGGAAAAAAAUCGACUCCGGUGGUGAAGAGCAUGAAGAACGUUUGCCAUAUGAAACUGAAUACUUACUAGAGAAUGAAAAAUUAUUUUGAUACUUCCGUUGUGAUUUCUAAUAUAUUACUUGAAUAUUAUUUAAAUUUCAUAUUACAAGCAUAGUUCAUGCAAUGUAUCAUCUGUUUUAAUGUUUGUAGAUCAUUAUUAUACAAGCUACUGAUUUGUUUGUAUGAAUACGUCUUCGUUAAAAUGGUAAUUAUGUUUUAAAAACUUAAUUGAAAUACUUGCCGGCUCGUGCAAAAAAUUUGAUAUGACUUCGAUAAUUGGUAUUAUCAUAUGAUUGAAUUUUUCUCGCACUUUGAUUGGCCAAUCUACACGAAAUAUAUGAUAUAUUGUUAUUUACUAACAAAAAAAUUAUUCCAAAAUAUUAAAUUUUCUCAAUUAAACAAUUUUGAUGAACCAAGUAUUCACAGUUGAAUUAUCCUUUUAAAACCAGUGCUCUUAACCACACUGAGAGGGGUCACGUUUAUACAUUAUGUCUUGAAAGAACUCUUUACUAUUGAGAAGAAAAAAUUAUGAUCCAUGACUGAAACUGUAUAAUUUACAAUGAUUUCUGCUCGGUUUAUAUUAAAUUUUUUAGUUCUUGUACAUUUGUAACAUGUUAAAGUAACAAAGGACAUAAAAUCUGAAAAAAUAUUUUGAAUAUUAACUAUUUCUCAUGUUUAAUAUAUUUGUUUUCAUUUUUAAA